AGUGCGGGUCUGCAGCUCAGCUACAUUUUAUGGGAAAGUCAGUUUCCCACCAUUGUGUCCUCAGCGGUUGCCAGACACUGACAGGGCUUGUAGGCUGCUGUGCUGUUCUUUGUGUGUCUGUGUGUGUGUGUGUGUGUGUGUGUGGAACAGACGCUGCUGGUUUCAGAGAGUAGCACAGGAAGAGACAGAGUUCAGAUCGUGUUGGAGCCUCUAAGGUGAAGGCAGGCAGCUCUUCCAAACCUGUGAGUGUCCAGCUGUGUUUCUUGAGUGGUUUCGUUUUUCCAUCCUGUGGUUGUGGAGUGUUGGCGUCCUGCUUUUGAUUUUGAGCGUGGCGGUUCCCGGCGUGGCCUAGCCAGUGGUGCUAGAGGCAGUGGUGAGCUACAGGGCUGCAUGCCAUGGGCUGUGUCUUCUCCCUGCCAGAGGACAGGAGAGAUGCUGCUGAGAGAGCACCAACCACAAGAGAGACAAGUUUCAUUGAGAAAAUGAAGAAAACAGGCAAGAACAUCAUUGUGUUCUAUGGCUCCCAGACGGGCACAGCAGAGGAAUUUGCGAACAGAUUGUCCAAAGACACUCAGCGCUAUGGCAUGAAAGGAAUGGCUGCCGAUCCAGAGGAGUAUGACAUGGGGGAACUGUCCCGUCUGUCCGAGAUUAAAAACUCCCUCGCCAUAUUUUGCAUGGCCACCUAUGGUGAAGGAGACCCAACAGAUAACGCCCAGGACUUCUACGACUGGCUACAGGAAAAUGAUGAUGAAGACCUCUCGGGACUAAACUACACUGUAUUCGCUUUGGGCAACAAAACAUAUGAACACUACAAUGCAAUGGGGAAAUACGUUGAUAAAAGGCUGGAAGAACUAGGAGCCAAGCGCAUAUUUGACCUUGGUUUGGGAGAUGAUGAUGGCAAUCUGGAGGAGGACUUCAUUUCAUGGAGAGAGCAGUUCUGGCCGGCUGUCUGUGAGCACUUUGGAGUGGAAGCCUUAGGAGAUGAAUCAAGUAUACGGCAGUACGAGCUGAAGGAGCACACUGACAUCAACAUGAACAAAGUGUACACAGGAGAGAUUGGCCGCCUGAAGAGUUUUGAGGUCCAAAAGCCGCCCUUUGAUUCGAAAAACCCUUUCUUGGCCCCAGUCACUGUCAACCGCAGACUCAACAAAGCUGGUGAUAGACAUCUUAUGCACCUGGAAUUAGAUAUAACAGGCUCCAAGAUCAGAUAUGAGUCAGGAGACCAUGUUGCUGUUUUCCCCACAAAUGACUCUGCCUUGGUGAACAAGCUGGGACAAAUCCUUGGAGUGGACCUUGAUGUGGUUAUCUCUCUCAACAACCUUGAUGACGAAUCCAACAAGAAGCAUCCUUUCCCCUGCCCCUCCACCUACCGCACGGCACUCACUCACUACCUGGACAUUACACACCCGCCUCGCACCAACGUCCUCUAUGAGCUGGCACAGUACGCGUCUGACCCCAAAGACCAGGAGAACAUGCGCAAGAUGGCCUCCUCCUCCCCCGAGGGCAAGGCACUCUACCAGAGCUGGGUGUUGGAUGCCAGUAGAAACAUCCUCGCAAUCCUGGAGGAUAUGCCUUCUUUGAGGCCUCCCAUUGACCACCUGUGUGAGCUGCUGCCUCGUCUCCAGGCUCGCUAUUAUUCCAUCGCCUCCUCCUCUAAGGUUCACCCCAACAGCAUCCACAUCUGUGCCGUAGUGGUGGAGUACACGACCAAGACUGGCCGCAUCAACAAAGGAGUUGCCACCAACUGGCUGAAGAACAAACUGGUCAAUGACAACGGCCACAAGUCCACCGUUCCCAUGUACAUCCGCAAGUCUCAGUUCCGCCUGCCCUUCAAGGCCACCAACCCAGUGAUCAUGGUUGGCCCAGGGACAGGAAUCGCUCCCUUCAUGGGAUUCAUCCAGGAGAGGGGCUGGCUCAAACAGCAAGGAAAGGAGGUUGGAGAGACGGUGAUGUAUUUCGGCUGCAGGCAUAAGAAUGAAGAUUAUCUCUACCAGGAGGAGCUGGAGGAAGCAGAGAAGAAUGGGGUCCUAACAAAUCUUAAUGUUGCCUUCUCCAGAGACCAGGACCAGAAGGUGUACGUGCAGCAUCUCCUGAAGAAAAAUAAGGAGGACCUCUGGAAGCUGAUUCACUCAGACAACGCUCAUAUCUACGUCUGCGGGGAUGCGAGGAACAUGGCUAAGGAUGUACAGACGGCUCUCCAUGAGAUUGCAGAAGAAAUGGGAGGCAUGAUGCGCGCCCAGGCCACAGAUUACAUCAAGAAAUUGAUGACCAAGGGACGCUACUCACAAGAUGUCUGGAGUUAAAGAGCCUAAAACCCAGCCUCAUUCUCACUACUCAAGUGGUUUUAAAUUUUCUAUUUUUAUUGUGUGUCUAGUUUUAUCAGGACUCAAUAUAUAUAUAAAAAAAAAAACACUUGUUCCUAUUCACCCUGGUUCAUGAAAACUACAGGUAGCAGAAGAUCAUGAGGCAAAACCCUACCUCAGCAGGUUGUAAUAAACCCAUUCAGCAAUUUCAAUCUGUAUUUCCUAUUUAUGUGUACUGCAUUUUGUAUCUGGACCACCAGCCUGUUUCUACUGGAGUCCUCACUUGAGCCAUGGUCUCGGACCAAACAACAGUUGCCCAGUCCUGUUAUCCAGAAACCAUUAAGAGAUCCAUAUCUAGAUAGAGAUCUGGGCCCUCAAAUUAGAUAUAGGAACCUGUCGGCUUGAGUAAAAUAAGAAUAACAAGAUGCAAAUGCAGCAAAUACUUAUCUUUAAUUUUAAUUAGACACAUUUUUUAUACGAAUGAGUCAGUCAGUUUGGCUGUGCAGCUUUUUAUACUGAUGACGACUCUGAGUAGAAAAUCCAUCUGUUUAGUGGGACACGGAAGCACUAAUCCCUAACUCUGGAUGUCCAUAAUAUAACUCCACUGUAAACAUAACAAUUUAAAUUGAAAAUUUAGACAGCUCAUUCAGUUUGCCAUCAUGAAGUGUUUGUAACUUUCAUACAGUUGAUUACCAGAUUGUAGACGUAACACCACAGCGGAUAAUAUCACACCAUACGUCUGAGUGAGCUGAUCUAGUAGUACUUUAAAAGUACUCACUUUAAAUGUUUUUAAAACUUCUGUGAGGAAAAUGUUUUGUGUAACAAACUGGCAUCAUAGGUACAAUUAAAUGUCUACCUUUGUAUUUUGACAAGGGAUUUGCCUUUUAUGCAUAAGUUGCUGCUCAUUUUAAUCAGUAAAGGUAACCUUUUGAGAGGCACAAAAAGUGUUGGUAGGGAGAAGACCAUUUAUAGAAAAAAACAUUAGGUUAUUUGCAUAUUGUUUCCAGUAACAGCCUGCCUUUAAACGUGAUGAAAAUGAAUUUGUAGGUACCCUGUAAUAUUUUAAAAUGUUAAAACAUUUGAAAUGUUAGACUUGAAACCAGAUCUAGCCUCCCAAAUGGUGAUAGUUUAUUUUAUAUGCAUCUGACAGCAGAGGUUUAUGAAUUGGUUUUUGCCCUGUAAGCCACCUCUGUUUGGCAUUGUUUGUAUUUUUUUAAAUAAAUAUAUAAUUUUGACCAGUCACAUAUGCAUCACUGCAUGGAGAAGAUAACCAGACUCAUCAAAACAUUUUUUGUUUCUUGCAGCAUCUGUCAAUCAGUGCUCAUUACAGUACUUUAAUGGGAACAUGUGGAGUUUGAUGAGGACAGCCAAACAGUUAAAAGUGCAGCCUGUGCCUUAUGUAUUGAGUGAGCAUUAAAACCCUGAUGCGUCACUGUUUUUUUAAGUUGUUUUUUUUUUCCUUUCUUGCUAAAAUUUUGAUAGAAAGUCAAAUUCAUCUGAGACACUUUACCCAGCGCUGUCACUUUUUGUCAUUCCACUUUAUGAUGUAAUUGUUUGAUUGCAUUAAGUAAUGCAUUUUUUUUAAAUUUUUUUUUAAUGAAUAAAAUUGGAAAAUUUUGCCAGGUUG